GCUGCAAUCAAUAACUCACGAGAAAAGUAUUUGCCGGUGACACAAAACUGCAAUGUCGAAGCAGCCUCCAAAGAAAAAAGAGUCUUCGACUAGUCGCAUUUCUUCAUCCCAAGGACAGUCACCCACUAAAGAGGUGUCCUCAUUAGCGGUCAGUUCUUCAGAGGGCACAGGAGAGAUGAAGAGGAGCCGCCUCCCUAUCUGGCCUGAAUGGAACGAGACGGAGGUCAGUGCUGAGAAAUGGGAUGCGGCCAAAGGUGGAAAAGACGGAAAAGCUGGGAAGAGUCCACUGAGCCAGCUGUUUGAGGACCCAGAAGGGAAGGUUGAACUUCCACCAUCUCUAAAAGCUCACACUUGGAAACGUCCUUCAGACUACAUAGUGAAUAAGGUUCCAGUUGUAGUUGAAAAUGAAGCAGAUUUUGAUCUACGCUCAGCUAAUGAGCAUCUACUCUCCAGUGAGCUCAUCCGCUGUAUCAUCAGCGAGAUAUACAUUGUGUGGAAAGUCUGCAUCCCAGCAGGGGUUGAAGACAAAGCUGUUUCUGUGGACACAGCCCCUAACCCCUGGAGGCCCUGGGAGCACAUCUAUUCCCUGUGCAAAGUGGCAAAGGGCCACAUGCCUCUCUAUAAUGCCUAUGGGAAGUAUGUGGUUAGACUCUACUGGAUGGGCUGUUGGAGGAAAAUCACGAUUGAUGACUCUUUACCGUUUGAUGAUAAGAACAACCUGCUGCUUCCAGCAACCACAAACCAAUCAGAGCUCUGGCCUAUGCUACUGGCUAAGGCUAUCCUCAAACUGGCCAAUACAGAUGUGGCACCCAGCUCUGGGAGAGAGCUAGGAGAGUUCACCAUCAUCCACUGUCUGACUGGCUGGAUACCAGAGCUCCUCCCCCUUCAGUCCCGGCAUGUGGGAAAACUGUGGGAAUUCCUGCAGGAUGCCAUUCCGAAGUUUCAGGUCACCGAAGAGGGCACAUUGGAGAGGUCCACAUCAGCGUGCUCUGCAGGCGGCAGGCACUCACAGGCAGGCGAGUGUAAGAGCAAGUCACCCACUCUGAACAAGGAAAAACAAAAAGAAAAGAAGAAAAGCAAAGAGGGUGAGAGAGAAAGAAUGGGCAACGAGGCCACCUCGACCCUGGCCAACGAAUACGCCUUCACUCAGAGCAACAGUGCCGGCCAGCCCACAGACGACAGCAGUGAGUCUCCUCAGAUGGUCGUGUGUGCCAGUUUCCAGCCGCUGCACCUGCAGGAGAAGAAGACCUCCAUGCUGGGCCAGAUGGCAGACUCAUCAGAGAGACUGCGGCAGUACGGGCUAUCUCAGCUCUACAGUCACCCCGUGCUUCUGAUGCGGACCAGAGCCUGCUCCCUGGUGGUGGGUCCCAAAACGCCCCCUGUAUCGAGCUGGAAACUUGUCCGCCCCCGUAAAGAGAGGAACAUCACUGAUGAGCCCAAGGAGACCCCACUUCAGAAGCCUGAGCAAUACAUACAGGUGGCCAGUCCCUUCCUCAACUUCAGACUCAUAAGCAUGUUUGCCCAGGUCCAGCUGGAUCCUCAUCUGGACAGGCACGGGAGGUGUGGGAGCAGAUCCAAUCUGGCUUCGUUUGACGAGGCAUAUGAGGGCGAGGAUCCCAGUCCUGCCCCUCAUGUGGCAAAGUGCAACCGCCUUAGUUCGCUGGACUCCGCUCACACCACUGAGGUAUCAGCAGAGGACAAGAAGAAGGAUGAAAGUGCUCUUAAUGAUGCAGAGGCGGCAGAAACAGAAGCAUCCUCAGUUCCCAUCAAGGAGAAAGAAAAAGAAAGGGAGCAAGUGUGGACAGCUAAGGAGAGCAGCACCACCCCGCCCCAGGACAUGGUAGCAUCCACAAGAGCCAUGCUUCAAGAAACGUGGGUCCACCUCCACGACUUCCCCCAGUGCUUCCAGACACUGCUGGUUUUCCACAAGCCCAACACCUACACUCACCACUCCCAAAAGUCACAAUUCAAGAGCUCUAUCACAGCUAGAAUGUCUGCCACGGCUCUGACCAAUAUGACAGGCUCCACCAACUCCACACUCUCCACCAAGUUGCCAGGCUCUUGCGUAACGACGUCAGUGCAGGGGCCAGAUGAAAAGGCCUCUUACUUCCUGUUUGUGGAUAACCUGUUACCUACAGAGAUUCUCAUCUGUUUCUCAGCACUGGUACACUGGGGAGACAGUGUGGAUGAGAUCAAGGGUUGUGUCUCCAGGACUGGAGUCCUGACAGCUGAACCUUUUUCCUGGAAGAGCAUAAUAUUUCAGUUCCCACAGGUGAACAUCCGGACCACUGCCUGCAAAGCAGCAAUUCUGUCCUUGCUGCCAGGGCGUCAUGUAUUUUGUAUCCACAUGAGGGCGCCGUUAGGUUUCCAUGUGCAGCUGUACAGCAUGACGUCCUUUGUCUUUGGAGAAGAAGAGACAGUGAUGGCCCACCUCAACAAGGAGAGUCUGAGGUUCUGUGAGCAGGCUGGGUUGAUCUUGAGAGCUCUGGGUGGGGUGGUUGGCUCCUUCUCAGACCCACAGAUGCUCCCAUCAGCCUCCCGGGCUCUGGAAGAGGCUCUCUGCCCUGUGCCAUACAAAAAAGUAGCACACAGAGAGCACUUGAGGGUCUUUAAUGAAGCGAUAUAUCAUAUGUUCUGCUCUGUGCUGGGGCGGAAGUUGACCUCGGAGGAGCUGUUUGCCAUGCAGGCCCUAACUGAAGACCGCACUCUCCACUGCAGCAACAGAAAGGAUACUGACACACCAUCAACAGAUGGUGCUUCGGAGGGCUGGAGCAGUCAGCAGGCUACUGAGCAGGAGAAGCAGGCGGCCACCAUCCUGCAGGCCGGCUGGAAAGGCUACCUAGAGCGAGAAAUCCUCAAAGCUGCCAGGCCAGGCUCUGAGGAGAACCAGAAAGUGACCAAGACUCUGCUGGAGAUGUGGGCUUCUGUGGAACUGAAUAUAGAGAAGCAUGCAGUGUCUUUAUUGAGGUACCUGAUCACUCACAGCAAACACACGGUGGAGCUUUACCCAUGUGGGGAGGAUGAGUGGACCAGAAUAAGCUUUGCUGAUUAUGUCGUCCCUGUGCCUGAGAUUAGCACCUCCUGGGUGCUGCUCUUCAGGGAGGUGUUUCAUGUUCCCAAGGCCAUGCUGCUGGUGCCCAAGAUCUACUCUCCCAUCCCUGCAUGCAUCCUGCAUGUCAUUAACAAUGACACUGGAGAGGAAGUACCCAGAGUCUUCCACAGAGUAGAGCCAUAUGUAUACACACAAAAUAAGGCUGGCUACACAUUUGUGGCAGAGGCAUAUACCAGGGACACACCCCUGGUGGGAGGGAAGUGGCGAAUGUGUCUAAUUGGCUCACGAGAGCCCCUUCCGCAGCUGGCCAGAGACACGCCAGCCAAUAACUUUUCAAUGAAGGAGAUCAAAGAUUAUUUCAUACCCAAUGAGAAGAACAUUAUCUGCAGGUGUGCUGUGAAGGUAUCAUGUGAUCAUGUUGCCACAGUGCAGUUCCAGACAUCCAAAGCAGACGUCCACAUUAAACUAAGUAUACUGGAUUGCGAGAGAGAGGUGGCCAGCAACCAGGGCAAAGGUCACGUCAUCAUCCCCAUCUACUGCUUUUCGGCUAGAAAUGACUCCACUGGCAGUGCUGAAGAGCGUGUGGAGGCGAGGAGGUCCGAGGAUGUCCCUGGAGGGGGUCAGGGAGGAGGCAGAGGCAAGGAGGCGGGGCUUGAGGACCCCCUUGCCUCUGAGCACCAGCCUGCCCAAGUGGCUCAUAAGUACAUUGUUCAGGCAGAGCUGCUUCACAAGAGCUGGCCUUUAGACGACUCGCUGUUAGCCUUUAUCCAGACCCUCAGAGACAUGGAGCGCAACGAGAUGAGAGUGGUCGGAGAUAAGGCAGAGGAUAUAGCCACGCCUGCCAGUGUGGACCUGCCCACCAGCGAGGCUCCAAAGGCGACCACACCCAAAACCACCAAGAAGUCCAAGGAAAAGGAGAAAGACAAACCCGCGUCUAAGUCAGCCUUCAGAACAGAACAAACUCUGGACUUGACUAAGCCACACUGGACGCUGUGUGUGGCGUCUGAGCCAUCGGCGGCGGACAGGAUAGAAGUGAGGAAGGACACAGAGAGGCUGGAGCAGAUCAGAGCCAUCAAACAGGCCUGGGAAACUGCAGAGCCAGGCAGGGCAGCCAAGGCUCUUCAGUCCCGUCAGCAAUACAUUAACAAACAAUGGAGGCAACUGAGUGGAGGCACGGCAGAGGGGGGCGAGGCUGUCACACGAGAGACAGGUAUUGUCACUGCUCUGCACCACUACAAUUAUGACAUGGACUACACACAUUUGAUCAGAAGGUCUGGCAGGCCGGUUUGUCUGAAGGAUGCCCUGAUAGAGGAGGAGCAGUGGAGGGAGCGCUCGGAGAGGAUCCAGAGCUUUCGGCUCCUUCGAGACACAGUGCUGGAGCACCGCAAGCAGGAGCUGGUCUCCCGCAGGGAGCUCAAGAGGAGACAACUGGAGACCUAUGAUAGCCUGCAGGUGAUGCUAGCCGAACAGAGGCGGAAGAUCCUGCAGACUCGAGAGGCCUUCCGCUCCCGCCUACUGGAGGAAGAGUCUCGGAAAAAGGAGACUGAGCUCACCCUAGAGGAGUUCGGACAGACAGAUCUGGAAAAGAACCCACUGCAGCCAGCCCCGCCCACAGCACGCAAGAGUGGAAGCAAGAAGAAGUGAUCUGAUUGGCUAGAGCCACUGACUUGUUCUUUUCUGAUGACGGCUGAGGAACGUUGUACUACAUUAGUGGCUCAGUUAAAAUAUUUGUUUAUAAAUGGAAUGUUUUUUUACAACAUAUCUCAGCUGUUAAUUGAAAUCUUUCUUAGCAUGAAAUAUAUAAUAGUUGAAAGAACGUAUGUUUGCGGUCAGAUGUGGUCAAGAGAAUUUUUUGACCAGUGUAGGCUAUUCACUGGAGGAUAGCUUUGUGAAAGUAAUUUAGAUCUGUGAUGUCAUGUUAGAUAAUUAGGAUUAAGAUAUCUUAAAUGUGUAGGUGACCUGCACACAAAAGAAAAAAGCCCAACUGCUGUUAGAUUUUUCAGAGAAACCGAUGAACUGUAGAUCAUAACCUUAAUCGGUCUUGAAAUGUCAGGAUAAUGAAAGCUUUUGAGCAUCUGUCAUGGAA